AUGCUUCCUUACUCAAUUCUAUUUCAAUUGGCCAUAGCUUCGUUGCUUCUACCUCAUGCAAAUGGAAUGCAAUCUGGUAGUAGUAACACUAUGAACAAAGAAUCUGAAAAGAAAAAUGCUUUGGUUAUUGCUCCAAAUUUUCUCGAUGUUCAUUUUAAAAUGAACAGUGUCUUUGCCAAUGCGCUGACCGAAAAGUUUUUUGUGCACUUUUUAAUUCUAAACACCAAAAAUGAUGAGAUUGGAGAUAAUUUCGACUAUGGAAUUGAUCUUGAGAAUUUUGAAGAAGGAACGGGAAAUACAUAUCAAGUUGUCAAUUUUCCAGAUGAUUAUCCCGAAAAAUUGAACGAAGGCGUGAAAAAUUUACAGAAUAAAUUCAUAAAAAGAGGUUACGAACAGAGUAGUCAAAUUCUGGAAAAUGAAGCUUUUACCGUCUAUAAAGCUACUGUUCAUUACUUGAAGGAAGCAAGGUUUGAUUUAGGGAUUUUUGACACUUGGGACACUGGAGCUCUCUUCAUUCUCCAUGCAGCAAGAAUUAAAAAUGUUUUUGGAAUUAACAACUUUCAACUUAAUGCUUACCAAUUUAAAUAUGCUGGGAAAGAAUUUCCAAAAAAUAUUCCUGAAAUUUAUUCGGCACAAACAGGCGAUAAUAAAUUAUCGCCAACAAAGGAAAGGAAGAGAGAAAUAGCCGGACAAUAUGAAAAAAGCUUUCAGAUAUUCUCAACUGUUCAUAACGAUUUGGUUAUUUAA